UAAAAUAUUCUUGCAUAUUGUAUCAGGUUUCGAUAUGCCUGCCAAGAGUUGAUGCACAGCGGUUUUCACGUAUAGUGUAUGAAAGACAGACGGGGGAAAAAAGGGGGAAGCAAAGAUAUUUUGUCGCAUAGUUCUUUUCAGGACCACCUGCCACAGUUCCAGCUGUCAAUGUCAAGCAUACGAGCUCCUCUGGCUCGUUGGGAGGAAAACACGUCCUUCGAGCUGGAUCCUGUCUGGGUCGUGCGAGAUUUGAAUGAGCAAACAACAUUGACGUCACAUUUCCCACAGACUUCUUUUCCGUCAUCUUCAAGUUCACAAAAUGGCGGCCGGUCUUCCGCAGAACGCUUGAACUAUGGCGACUGUCAACCGCCGGCUUGCACUGAAACUGAUAAGACGGUCGGGUGUUUCCGUGAAGAUGGAGCCGAUGAACCACUUUUCCCAGAAGCCUCGUCUCGGGGCGAGACGGGGCGUGGUGGUGGGCAGUGUCAGGAUGAUUCUAAAGCCUCUCUCCUGUCCCCGAGAGAGAAAGAGUUGCGGAAAUUCUAUAAAAGACGAGCCGCCUUCAUAGACUUCCUCAUAAAGUAUUCAUUAUUCGUCUCAAACUUUCUGUUUUGGUUCGCCGGAGUUGCCGCCGUCGGGUUCGGAUACUGGUUACUGUCGGAGAAAGGUAGAAUCGUCACAGACGGCAUGUACUUCUUCUUCGACCCAGCCGUCAUGUCCAUGGUGAACGGCUGUGUCGUCUUCACUGUCGCCUUCUUUGGGUGCCUGGGCGCCUUGAGGGAAAAUAUACUGCUGCUCAAAAUUUUUCAGGUUAGUCUUUAUGUCGUGCUAAUCAUAGAGACGGCAGUCGCCAUCUUGGUGUUCAUUUUCUACACCAUGCCUGAAGUCCGGAAAAACCUCAAGAUCGGACCCGAAUAUGUUCUGACGCAAGCUGUGAAACGCUACCACCACGACGAUGGGCUAAAAAUGUGGAUCGAUCUCAUUCAAAAAGAGUUUAAGUGUUGCGGUGUGACGGACAGUUACGACGGAUUCCGGGACUGGCAGCAGGACGAGUACUUCAACUGCUCGGACUCGAACCCGAGUACUCAGCGGUGUGCCGUCCCCGUGUCGUGCUGUAUUAUUGAGCCGGGAGAUUACAUGAAUAUGAUGUGCGGCUUCCAAACCACUGACAAGUCGAGAGAGGACGUGUUUAACCGAAUAUUCACCAAAGGCUGUAUGAAGAGUUUUGGGGAGUGGCUGGCCAAUAACGAAGUUGUCAUUGGUGCUGUGUGCGCUGGAAUAAUCAUCCCGCAGAUCUGUGGGGUGCUACUUGCCCGUAUGCUUAUGAAGCGCAUCCUGCAGAAAAGAGAACAAUGGGAGUGGAGAAGACGAUAACAUUCUGAAAGAGAUCUGGAUGUAGAUGCAUACACUUACAAAAAACAACAACACAGAAUCUGGAUGCCGAUGUAUAAUUUGCAAAAAACCACAUGGAAUCUGGAUGCAGAUGUAUACCUUUGCAAAAAAACACAUAGAAUCUGGAUAGAGAUGUAUACAUUUGCAAAAUAAGCAUGGUUCCAAUCGAGAUGCCGAUGUAUAAAUUUGCAAAAAACCAACUGGAAUCUGGAUGUAGAUGUAUAAAUGUGCAAAAUGUACAUGGAAUCUGGAUGCAGUCAAAUAUUCUUACAUACCUUACAUUGAAAAUUAGUGGAGUUGAUCCUGGUACAGAAACUGCAAGAUAAACUUAAAUAAUUUAGCAAAAAAGCUAAAGGAGUCUGGAUUUAAAAAAAAAAAAACUUAAAAUACUUAUUUGUGGCAUCUUGAGGGACAAAUACAAACUGGGCUCCAAACUUAAUAUAAUACUAGUGUCUAGUUAUUUCAAAUUAUUUGAACAGCACAUGUUUAACUAUCAACUAAACAUUUGCAAUUUUACUUUCUGCCAUUUAAAUGCUGCAAGGAAACAUUUUUUUUUUAAAUUACCAUAGACCUACAUGUGAAAGACAAUGGCUACAUAUACAUACACGUUUGUGAAUGUGUUGGUGUCAAAAUUACCUGGUUUCCAAUUAUGUUUAUUUAUUUUAACCAAUUUAUUUAUUUUUACUAUUUAUUUUUUGUAUUUACUUUCUCUUCUAUACCCUAGCUUGGCAAAAACUAACAUAUUGUAUAAACAUUACAUUAAUCCAUUAUUUAUUUUUUACAGUAUAUAUUUAUAUGAAACCUGAAAACAAUUAUGUGAUGUACUGGUUUUGUCCAACACAAGUUGGGAGGCUUUAAAUAGGUCUUUGCUUACUGGCCAAUAUCCAAAUCGCUUAUUUUGUCUGUGGUAAUAAAUAUUCUUUACACCAAA